AUGCGACUCUUCUUGCUUGCCGCUCUGGCACUUCUCUCGCGCAGUGCUGUCGCUGUCUCCUUCUCACCCUACACAUUGGAGGGUGUCCAGGCCGACAUAUCAACCUACCUGGGUCACAAUGCGACUCACCAAUCAAGGGCAGCUUCCAACUUUGGUUGCGACGUAGCAUGUGGCUUCCUGGCCUUCUCCCGUCCCAAUACCGUUGCCUUCCCGAACUCCUCAACCUAUGAUUUCCAAGAAAACCGAUACUGGUCCCAGCAGCAGGAGCUUACCCGUCCAUCUUGCCGCUUCUCGCCCACCCGCGCCGAGGAUGUUUCCUUGGCUAUCCUGACGUUUCGCGUAACCCAAUGCAAGUUCGCCAUCAAGAGUGGGGGUCAUGGCGCAUUCUCGGGAGCCUCCAACAUUCAAGAUGGCGUAACAGUUGAUUUUAUUCAUCUUACAGAUGUACAACUAUCGAAAGACAAGAAGAUCACGUCUGUUGGAGCCGGCAACACGUGGUACAAUGUGUACUCGCAGCUGACUCCGCAAAACCUCACCGUCAUCGGCGGCAGGGUGUCUCCCAUCGGUGUUGGAGGACUUACUCUGGGUGGCGGCAUAUCGUUCUUUUCGGCACGAUACGGCUGGGCGUGUGACAAUGUCUACAACUACCAGGUAGUCCUUGCAGACGGCUCCAUUCGCGACAUCAAUGCCAAAUCAUGCAACAAGGAUCUCUAUUGGGCGCUGCGCGGCGGCGGUAAUAACUUUGCCAUUGUCACGCGCCUCGACCUCGAGACAUAUCCACAAGGCGACAUGUGGGCUGGUUCGCAAACCUUUAUCAACACACUCGAGACGAGCAAGGCCAUCAACAAGGCUUUCGAGAGUUUUGCUAUCAAUUCUCCUGAAGAUGAUUAUGCUCAGAUUAUUACGGCAUACGCAUACGCACAAACGCAGGGCAUUUAUGUCAUUGCUUCGGACCUCCAGUAUGGCAAACCCGUUGCCAAUCCUCCCGUUCUUCAAAACUUCACGGCCAUUACCGGUGCCGUUGCCGACACUCUGCGCGUAGUCGACCUACCGUCACUAACACAAGAGUUCAACGCUACCAAUCCUUACGGAUUCCGUGCGGCACUCAUGGACGAGAUCAUUGCUAUCUAUACGGAGGAAGUAGACAAAGUCAAGGACGCGCCCGGCAUCGUGCCGGCUGCCAUCUUUCAGCCAAUCACCACGUCCAUGACGAAGCAUUUUUCCAAGAACGGCGGCAACCCCUUGGGUCUAGAAGGCCAAGGCCCGCUUACCUUGGUCAACAUUGACUUCUCGUGGACGAAAAUUAGCGACGACGAGCGCAUCAUGGCCGCAGCCAACGCCAUAGUGACUCGCUCCACGGCAGCAGCGAAGACACGAGGGCUCGAUCACCCCUACCUGUACCAAAACUACGCUUCGCAGAAGCAGGAUGUGUUUGCUAGCUACGGAGAUGCAAACCUCGCCAAACUUCGAAACAUUUCCAAGAAGUACGACCCGGACCAGGUUCUGCAGCGGCUGCAGCCAGGCUACUUCAAACUGCAUUGA